AUGAAGGUCCAAGGAGACACCAGGGAAGUCAGAAAAGAGGUCCAAGGAGACACCAGAGAGGUCAGGAAGGAAGUCCAAGGAGACACCAGAGAGGUCAGGGGUCAGGAAGGAGGUCCAAGGAGACACCAGAGAGGUCAGGGGUCAGGAUGGAGGUCCAAGGAGACACCAGAGAGGUCAGGGGUCAGGAAGGAGGUCCAAGGAGACACCAGAGAGGUCGGGAAGGAAGUCCAAGGAGACACCAGAGAGGUCAGGAAGGAGGUCCAAGGAGACACCAGGGAAGUCAGGAAGGAGGUCCAAGGAGACACCAGAGAGGUCAGGGGUCAGGAUGGAGGUCCAAGGAGACACCAGAGAGGUCAGUGGUCAGGAAGGAGGUCCAAGGAGACACCAGAGAGGUCAGGGGUCAGGAUGGAGGUCCAAGGAGACACCAGAGAGGCCAGGGGUCAUGGAAGGAGGUCCAAGGAGACACCAGAAAGUAAGGUCAGGAAGGAGGUCCAAGGAGACACCAGUGAGGUCAGAAAGGAGGUCCAAGGAGACACCAGAGAGGUCAGGGGUCAGGAAGGAGGUCCAGUGAGACACCAGAGAGUCAUUAAAGAGCUGCAGGAAAACUCCAACGAGAUUGAGUCCCAGGAGCUGAACUACGCAGAAGUCAAUGUCAGAGCUGCACAAAGACCACAGCGUUCACUCAGACAGAUGGAGCCUCAUGUGGUUUACUCGAGUACAAGAUGA